AUGGCAGCCGUUGCUGCAAAUGUGAGCGCACCAACUUCAUCCUCAUCCUCCAAUCAGCCACCUACUCCCAUUGCUGCACUCGUCACGCACAGUGCUGAACCUCCAUCCAAUCAUCAAUGUGAUCUCUCGUGCGCAAGCAUUGAAGAACUUCCUAACGAUCCCUCUGUCACCGGUGACAUCUCAGCUCAAGCUCAUGCACUGUCCACCAUCCUUGACUCGGGGACCACUAGCACGCUCAUCUGCGAUCGCGCCAUAUUCUGGACCUAUUCAACUCAAGAUCCAGUCAUUGUUAAGACUGCGAAUCACGGGUCCCUCCCUACCUCAGGUUGUGGCAACUGCGUCGCAUGGCUCAAAAUUGGCGGUGCUCGCCAUCAUGUGCAACUCUCCAACUGUCUUCAUGCGCCCGGAGCCAUGUUAAACCUGCUCUCCGUUGGAUGGAUGUUAGCAAAAGGGUGGGAGUGCAAUUUUCGUGGAGAACCUGCUCGGUGUGAGCUCAUAUAUCCCUCGCCAGUAGCUCUUGUUCAAGAGGUCUCUGCAUUCGCCCGCACCCCUCUGACCUAUGACAUUUGGCAUGCGCGAAUGGGUCACACGGGAGCGCACGGGCAGCUUUUCCAGGACCAGAUCGCAUCUGACCGCGAGCGUCUUGCUCGUCAACAAGAGCUGUGUCAGGCACGUAUCCAGGGGGUACCACCUGAAGGGGUGAAUACGGUGCCUGCUGCAGGUGAUGAGGCCGCCACUAACCUUGAUCCUGAUGCUAUCGUUCCAGACCAGGACGAAGUCAGGUAUCCUCGCAUACUUGCCAACUUAAUUGCGACAGAGUUUGCCUGUGUCACCAUUCGCAGCGAUGCUCGACGCAACCCGCUCACCUCAGACUACAACAUGAGAAUCCUGCCUGCCACAUUCGACAAGGUGAUGCAGCGCUCUGACCAGGACCAUUGGUUAGCAGCGAUGAGGAAGGAGAUAAACCUGAUGUCCGAAAUGGGCGUUUACGAGUUGGUGAAGUUGCCAGAAGGGAGGAGAGCAAUUGGUUGUAGAUGGGUGCUGGAAUUCAAAGAGGAUGACAAGGGAGGUUCUGUGCAUAAGGCACGAAUAACCCUCAAAAAGAUUGUGUCUGUUAGCACAGUCCUCAGACUAGUCACCCCAUACCUUGGUAUCAAACCUCGGUCCUAUAUUUCAAGUUUUAUAUGGAAGAAAAGGAAAAAGUCAUAUGUGAAGUAA